GCCUCAGGUCAGUCCAGCAUCAGUGGAGUCAACGUUCAGUCUGGUUUUUAGUGUGGAUAAAGCCAAAGGAACGAAAAUAUAUCUCGAGACAAUAUGAAUAGCUUGCAAGGAUCGCUGGUGCUCCUGCUGCUCGCCGGAGUUUUUCUUCAGGGUCAGGCGGGGCUCUUCGAUUGCGAGGACAAGAUACCCGGACUUGGAGAUGUCACCGAUAAGAUAUCAGAGAUAACCGGCAGCAGUACCAGUUCGGAGCAUGAGGUGCGCGAUUUCUUCAAGAACGUCGGUUGCCACAUCAAGGAGGGAGCCAAGAAGCUGGGCGAGAAGGCCAAGGACUUGGGCACGGAACUCAAAGAGGGUGCCCAGAAGCUGGGCGAGAAGGCCAAGGUUCUGGGUAGCGAUCUCAAGGAUCGCUUCGACGACUUUCGCGACAAGCUGGCCAAGGAUUCCGCCGAGGAGAUGAGCAAGGAUCGCGGCUUCCUGGCCAACGUGGAGAUCAUCAAUCCGGACAUCCUCAAGGGCGAGCAACAAUGUGGGCAUGGCCACAUUCUGGAUGCCUUGGGCAACUGCAGCAAGUUGAGGAAAUAGUCCUUCAAGAGACGCAACCCGUUCCCCUCCCCUCCCCUCCCGUUAACGUUUAAGUUUUUUUUAUGAUUUUUUUUGUGUGUAAAUAAAAAUGGAAAGUAAAAAUACAAAUAUGGAAGAGCACUA